GUCUCUUCUCCCUCCCCCCCUCUCUCUCACUCCGGAUCGAUCAGCUUAGCUCCACCCAACCCCCAGCCGCGUCGACUAGCUGAGCUGAGCUUUCCCUUGGCCUAUAUACUCUCUCUCUCUCUUCUCGCCCCACCCUACUCCUUCUAGUACCUCCGAGCUAAGCCACUCCACCGCCGAUUGAUCGCGUCACGGCGGCGCAGCCCGGCCGCCAGCGUCGUCCGUCCGAUCGGCAGAUCUGAGGAGGGAGAAAGGUUUGCUGCUGCUUGUGCUAGGACGUCAUGCAGGGAGGCGGCGGCGGGGAUAGCUCCGGCGGCGGCGGCGGCGAGGCGCCGCGGCCGAGCAGGUACGAGUCGCAGAAGCGGCGGGACUGGCACACGUUCGGGCAGUACCUGCGCAACCACCGGCCGCCGCUGGAGCUGUCGCGGUGCAGCGGCGCGCACGUGCUGGAGUUCCUCCGGUACCUGGACCAGUUCGGGAAGACGAAGGUGCACGCCGCGGGGUGCCCCUUCUUCGGCCACCCCUCGCCGCCGGCGCCGUGCCCGUGCCCGCUCCGCCAGGCGUGGGGCAGCCUCGACGCGCUCGUCGGCCGCCUCCGCGCCGCCUUCGAGGAGCACGGCGGCCGCCCCGAGGCCAACCCCUUCGGCGCCCGCGCCGUCCGCCUCUACCUCCGCGAGGUCCGCGACAGCCAGGCCAAGGCCCGCGGCAUCGCCUACGAGAAGAAGCGCCGCAAGCGCCCGCCCACCUCCUCGUCUUCGUCUCAGGCCGCCGCCGCCGCCGCCGCCGCCACCUCCCCGGCGAGCCCAGCCGCUAGCCCGACGCCGCCACCGCCACCGCCGACGGAGAGAUCAGCCGACGUGCGGCCGAUGCCACCGGAGGGCCACUUCUUCAUCCCGCACCCACACUUCAUGCACGGACACUUCCUCGUACCGGGCGGCGACGCCGACCACCACCACCAGGUCUCCAACGCCGGCAAUGGCGGCAACACCAACACCAACACCAACACCAACACCGGCGGCGGCGGCGGCAACGGCGACGAGAUGGCGGUGGCGAUGGCGGCGGUGGCGGAGGCGCACGCGGCGGGGUGCAUGCUGCCGCUGUCCGUGUUUAACUAGCAGUAAUAUUCAGAGAUCAGCAGCAUAUAGCAAAAAUCAAGGUAGGGCUUAAUCAAAUCCGGGGGAGGGUUUUAAUUAAUGGAUUACUCCAACCUUAGUUCGUUAAAACCGAUCGAUCGAUCGAUGGAUCGAUGCGUCUCAUCAUGAUGGAAUGAUGGAUUCGAUUGGAUUCGAUUCGAUCGAGCUAUCAACGUAGCGCUACUGUGUAUGUACUGUUUGUGUUCUUAUCAAACUCUACUCUUUUGGUUACAUUUCCUGAGCUGCAUGCCCCGGAGUGCCUGCCUGCUACUGUAGGGUUUUUAGUACUUCUGUCAUCAUGCUUUGGCUUUCUGUAUGGUAUGCUCAUCAUCAUCAUCAUCCAUAAUUAAUAUAAUGCAAGGUUAAUUUUAUUUCAAGUGUA